AUGAGUAAGAUAUACUCUGCAACGUACAGUAAUGUGCCAGUAUACGAAUUCAAUGCUGAUGGCAACCACAUCAUGCGUAGGCGAGGAGACGACUGGAUUAACGCGACACAUAUCCUGAAAGUGGCCGACUAUGACAAACCUGCUCGCACAAGAAUUCUGGAGCGAGAAGUACAAAAGGGUAUUCACGAGAAGGUCCAAGGCGGAUACGGCAAAUACCAAGGUACCUGGAUACCACUAUUGGAUGGCCGUGCCCUUGCCGAACGUAAUGGUGUACUUGAAAGACUGUUACCAAUAUUCGAUUUUGUACCUGGAGAUCGCAGCCCGCCUCCCGCACCUAAACAUGCAACGGCAGCAGCUAGCAAACCCAAAGCCAGACAGACGGCCGCCCAAAGAAGAACUGCAGCUGGUAUGUCCAGAGGAACCACCAAGAACACUGCGAGAGCUAAGACCUCUGUAGCACCGCGAAGAGUUGCCGAGGAGCCCCUCACACGCUACAGUCCCGUGCCAUCUGAUGGAGAUACUAUCGUUUCGGAAUCUCUGGUUGACGAUGUGGAUGUGCUAGGGGGCGCUCAUUAUUCCAGUGGACGAAGGCAGAGGCGCGGGGAGCAAAUGUCAUUGCAAGAUCAACAACACCAAAUUUGGGCGGAUGGUCUUCUCGAUUACUUUAUGCUCCUGGAAUCGGAAGAUCGCUUUCCAGAACCACCAGAGCCGCCAAUGGGCAUUAAUCUUGACCAUCCUAUUGAUGAGAAGGGGCAUACGGCAAUGCAUUGGGCAGCUGCAAUGGGUGAUGUUGGCGUCGUUCGAGAUCUCAUACAACGCGGCGCCACAAUCGAUUGCAUGAGCAUGAACCAAGAGACCCCAUUGAUGCGUGCCGUAAUGUUCACGAAUAACUAUGAUAAACUAACCAUGCCAUCUAUGGUCAAGGUAUUCAGCCAGACCGUGGUGAAGAUGGACUGGUUCGGCUCAACAGUCUUCCAUCAUAUUGCCGCAACGACUAGUAGCAGCAACAAAUACGUCUGCGCCCGCUACUACUGCGAUUGUAUCUUGGACAAGCUCUCGGAGACAUGGAACACGGAUGAAAUUGCGCGUGUGCUGAAUCAACGAGACCAGAAUGGUGACACCGCAAUCUUGAUAGCCGCCAGGAACGGGGCGCGAAAAUGCGUCCGGUCGCUCUUAGGCCGCAAUGCUGAUGCUUGUGUUCCAAACAACAGGGGUGAAAUGGCGGAUCACCAUAUCAAGCAACUCAAUGCGCGAAGACGACAAGUCCGUCUUCGCCAAAUGUCAUCGUCUCCCUUCGCGCCAGACACCAGAGUACCCUUUAGCGGUGAAUCACAGUAUUUCAUGGGCUCAACUAGGUCAACGAAUCAUACGGCACCCUCGGUGUCACGACAAUUCCGGUCACAGACUGCAUCUCAUAUGAUAUCCAAGAUACUGCCGACGAUCAUGGAGAAAUGUGAGCAGUUAGCGGCAGCAUAUGAGGCAGAGCUUGAGGAAAAGGAAGUGGACUUGGCAGAUGCAGAACGUGUGGUACAGAAGCGGCAAGCCGAAAUCGAUGCCCUGAGGCAACAAACCAGCGAGCUGGAAAAUAUCAUGGUCGAUCACUCUAUGGAACUAGAAGCCAGCCAAGAGGAGGAACUCAAUCGACUAAUUCGAGAUAGUGAGGCAUUACUAGAGCUAGAGCAGAAGUCGGCUCUGCGGAAAGAAAUAGCGCACGCGGAACAGCGUGCUCGUACGUCGGAACAAAGGGCAGAUGACGCAUCAUCACUCCGCGAGCGAUUCGAGCUAGCAAUUCUGCUACAUCGGGCACAGGAAGAGCGGCGAGGGCUUGUGAAGGAUAUGGUGUGCGGGCUCAGUGCAGUAGGAAUGGGUGAGAGGACAAGUGAAUAUAAGAGGCUCCUUACCGGAGCUCUCGGAGUGAAAGAGGAUGACCUAGAGGCGAUGGUACCUGAGAUAUUGGGGGAAUUGGAAGAAACACAAGAACGAGAUGUUAUAGAAGAAGUGGUAGGAGAUGUUCGAGCACCAGAUGACAUUACCAUGAGCAUGGGACUAGCCAUAUCGUGA